AUGGUGAUGAAAUCAGCAGUUGAGGACGAUGAUACUGGGUGGGGGCUUGGUAUCCCAGAGAAGAUGAAAAACAAUGCCAACUGGGUUGAUAUCACCCAAGAAUUCAAGGGUGCCUGUAAAGAGUUGAACCUUGGAGAAUUGCUUCAUGACAAACUGUUUGGCUUGUUUGAGGCCAUGUCAGCUAUAGAGAUGAUGGAUCCUAAGAUGGAUGCAGGAAUGAUUGGUAACCAAGUCAACAGAAAAGUUCUCAAUUUUGAGCAAGCUAUUAAGGAAGGUGGCAUUAAGGUGAAAGACCUCAGUCUGCCUGAACUCAUUGGAAUCAUUGACACGUGUUUCUGCUGUUUGAUAACUUGGCUGGAAGGUCACUCCUUGGCCCAGACUGUGUUCACUUGCCUUUACGUCCACAACCCCGACCUGAUUGAGGAGCCAGCUCUCAAAGCCUUUGCCCUGGGUAUGCUUAAGGUGUGCGACAUCGCCAGAGAAAAAAUCAACAAAGCAGCUGUUUUUGAAGAGGAGGAUUUUCAAGCCAUGACUUAUGGUUUCAAGAUGGCCAAUAAUGUCACAGACCUGCGGGUAACAGGAAUGCUGAAAGAUGUGGAGGAUGAGUUACAGAGGAAGGUUAAGAGCACACGCAGCCGACAGGGUGAGCAGAGAAACCCUGAAGUUGAGCUGGAACACCAGCAGUGCCUGGCACUUUUCAACAGAAUCAAGUUUACACGCCUUCUGCUCACUGCUCUGAUUGCCUUUACCAAAAAGGAGACCAGCUCAGUAGGUGAAGCCCAGAAGCUCGUGGCUCAGGCAGCGGACCUGUUAUCACCUAUUCAUUCCAGUAUUCAACACGGCAUUCAGUCACAAAAUGACACCACCAAAGGAGACCACCCCAUCAUGAUGGGUUUUGAACCUCUAGUCAACCAGAGACUGCUGCCGCCAACCUUCCCUCGCUACGCCAAGAUCAUUAAGAGGGAAGACAUGGUGGCCUACUUCAGCAAGCUGAUAGAGCGCAUCAAGACUGUGUGCGAUGUGAUUAACACCACAAACCUGCAUGGAAUACUGGACUUCUUCUGUGAAUUCAGUGAGCAGUCGCCCUGUGUGCUCUCCAGAUCUCUUCUCCAGACAACGUUCCUGAUCGAUAAUAAGAAAGUGUUUGGCACCCAUCUGAUGCAGGACAUGAUAAAAGAUGCACUGAGAUACUUUGUCAGCCCACCAGUCCUCUCCUACAAGUGUUGCCUGUUUAACAACCAUCAGGCCAAAGACUAUAUUGACUCUUUUGUAACCCACUGCUCCAGGCCUUUCUGCAGCCUCAUCCAGAUCCACGGGCACAACCGAGCCCGACAGAGAGACAAGCUGGGACACAUCCUCGAGGAGUUCGCUACCCUGCAGGAUGAGGCUGAGAAGGUGGAUGCAGCGCUUCACAGCUUACUGAUGAAACUUGAGCCUCAGCGACAGCAUCUAGCAUGUCUUGGCACUUGGAUACUCUACCAUAACCUGAGGAUCAUGAUCCAGUAUCUGUUGAGUGGUUUUGAACUGGAGCUUUACAGCAUGCAUGAGUACUAUUACAUCUACUGGUACCUGUCAGAGUUCCUCUAUGCAUGGCUGAUGUCCACUCUAAGCAGAGCUGACUCCUCUCAGAUGGCCGAGGAGCGCAUUCUUGAAGAGCAACUGAAAGGACGCAGCAGUAAAAAGGCCAAGAAGAAAAAGAAAGUUCGUCCUCUCAGCAAAGAGAUCGCAAUGAGUCAAGCAUACCAGAACAUGUGUGCUGGUAUGUACAAGACCAUGGUAGCUUUGGAUAUGGACGGUAAGGUGCGCAAGCCUCAGUUUGAACUGGACAGUGAGCAGGUUCGCUACGAGCACCGCUUCGCCCCCUUCAACAGCGUGGUCACUCCCCCCCCUGUGCACUACAUCCAGUUCAAGGAGAUGUCAGAUCUGAAAAAGUACAAUCCUCCACCAGGCUCAGCAGACCUCUACAUGGCCGCGAGUAAACACUUUCAACAGGCCAAGCUCAUUCUAGAAAAUGUGCCCAGCCCAGAUCCAGAGGUUAACCGGAUACUUAAAGUGGCCAAACCAAACAUUGUAGUAAUGAAGCUUCUUGCUGGAGGACACAAAAAAGAAACUAAGGUUCUGCCGGAGUUCGACUUUUCGGCUCACAAGUACUUCCCUGUUGUCAAGAUUAUUUGA